AUUUUGGACACUUAUGAAAAAUAACCAUGAACUGGAAGGACACAAAAUGGUGAAUGUUUUCCCAUUUACACCACCAUUCUCAUGACACUAGGGGGAUAUGGGCAUCCUAAGACUGGUAGCUAGAAUCAUGGGUAGGAUCAGUACGUUCAGGUCCUACCAGUUUGUGCUUCUUCUGGCUGCUGCACUCGCUGUUGUAGCUUUUUACUACUUUGGCUCCGAGAGGCAGAACUUCUCCAGCACCACCAAGAGGAUCAAGCAAACGCAGGCCAGUCACAACACCAACAGAAACGAUGCAGACCUGACUGUGGACAUCGGGGGUUCGCAUACACAUGGAUCUGAGGAGCAAGGGGGGGAAGAACAAGAUGUAGGAGACAGCGAGGGUUAUAGGACCAAGAAAGGUGACAGUGGUGCUGUUGACCAGAGCUACCAUGCACUCAUGAUGUUCACCAAGGUGGACAAGAGCCGGAGCCUUCAGGAUAAGUUCAGGGUGGCCAUGUUGUCAAUGGUGAAGCACGGACACUUCCUGGAAGGAGAGGUGUUGGUUCUUCAUUUUGUGAGUGACCAGGCCAGCCAAGCAGUGGGAGAAAGGAUGCUGGACGAAUUUCUCCUUGAUGCAACUUUUGAGUAUGAGGUGCUGUUUCAUGACGUGGUGGCUCUCACGCAGAAGCUGUUUCCUAUAGUGGAGGCCAUGCAGAAGCACUUCAGCGCAGGCUCUGGGGCUUACUACAGCGACGCCAUCUUCUUCCUGUCUGUAGCCAUGCAUCACAUCAUGCCUGAAAGUCUGACACGUAUAGUGCAGCUUGACCUGGAUCUAAAAUACAGGACCAACAUCAGGGACCUCUUUCAAGAAUUUGAUCGGUUUCCUCCAGGAGCAGUAAUAGGCAUCGCCAGAGAGAUGCAACCAGUCUAUAGACAUACCUUCUGGCAGUAUCGUAAGGAGAACCCUCAGACUAAAGUAGGGUCGCCUCCUCCUGAUGGCCUCCCGGGAUUCAACAGUGGCGUGAUGUUAUUGGACCUAAGAGCAAUGAGGGCCUCGGUUCUUUACAAUCAGCUGCUGAAGCCUAGCAAUGUUGCUAAACUUGCAGACCAGUAUCGUUUCAGGGGCCAUCUGGGCGACCAGGACUUCUUCACCAUGAUCGGCAUGGAGCAUCCUGAACUGUUUUAUUCCCUAGCCUGUCGCUGGAACAGACAACUGUGCACAUGGUGGAGGGACCACGGAUAUGGUGAUGUGUUUCAGCUGUAUUAUCGCUGUGACGGACCCGUAUAUAUCUACCACGGGAACUGCAACACCCCCAUACCAGAUGACUGAUUUAUAUGCUGCACUGAUGUUGGAACUGAACAGUAACUGACCUGGAUGUUCACGUGACAACACACUAGUCGCUUGUUCUUCAUUCAUUCCUAAUGGUAGUAGCACAGCUGUCACUGCUCACUGUUAUAGAGGGUAAAAUCUAUGGUGACAGAGGCUUUGAGCCCAUUACCAUAUAACUUAAUUAUACAUGAACCACCACAUCAUACAUCUUAUGGCACAGCCCAUAGGUUACUGAAUGUGAUAAUACGAGCACAAUGGCUACAACUUUGUCUGCUAAGUAGAGCUAACUAGCUGGCACGUUAAGUGGGUCAUCACAUCUCCGAAAAUGUCUUAUUACUUGGAUGACUAAAUACAUAUUCUGUCCUCUUUCAAACCACUACUCUGUCCAAUAUGUGUGUGCUACCAUCCUCACAGGAGCGUCCGUAUCCCUUGUCCAUUAGAUACAGUUAGACUGACUCUCUAGACAAUUAAGCAAUGGCCUCCAUGUGUUUAGCAGAUAUUCUGGCCACAUAUGAAAUGACAACAUUGCUGUGUUUGUCCUUAUUCAUGGAUUUAAUUGCUGUUUUGUCAAAGUCCUAAUUAGGAUAGUCUCAGGCUUUAAGAGGUACCAUAAGAUGUUUGUCUUCCUUCUCAGCACUUGUAGGAAUAUUGUCAGACCAGUGGUACUAGCUGUGCUUCAUUUGGCCAUGCUGGAGUGCCACUUGUUACAUAGCAGCAAGGGUUGGAAGACCCUCUUGAAUGGAGUACAGGCAGCACAUAAGCCAGCAGAUAAACAGUGGAUAAUUAGAGACAAGUGGUGGUAGCAGCCCUUGCUGAGGCUAUCACUUGAUGAACCACAUAUCAGUUUGAACACUGCUAUUCCUGCAACUCUGUAAAUGCACCACAUGUAUAUUCUGUUCUAGUUACACAAAGAGAAUACAUUAAACAGUUUUUAUUUGAUAUUGUCACCAAAAAGUCCAGAUAAUAAAAACCCAUCAUAAUUGCAAAUAUGACUACAUUUAAUUCAAUCAUGAUUUUACACAGUCAGGGCCAAGGGAUAAACUGUCAGUCAGAGAGUAAAGCUGAACAACACGCACAUCAUCAUGAAAAGUAGGAUGCUUUGAAUCAUUAUAUGAACUCAUGGCUUUGUUCUUGUUUGUUACAAGCCUGAUGUGACCUAUUUCUCUCACUCAAAUCUGACAACAAUUGACCCCUGAAUGUGCUGACAUUAAAAUAACCCAAUUUA